AUGCCUGGCCCGGUCGUCACUGCCUGCUGGCGACGUCAUCGGGCCCCGGUCACCGUCGUGACUGCAUCGCCGUCGUCGCCUGCCGCCCGGCCCACCUCGUCCUGCCCGGUCCUGCUGCCCGCCGGACCCGCCAACAUGGAUCCCGCCCACACGAGUUCCGCGAGCGGUCAUCGUCCCAGGCGUUGCCAUGCUCUUGCCCCUUCUGACUCCCCGGCACCACCCCCUCCUCAGCAACCUCGGUCAGGGACUCCGGAUUCCCCUGCGCGGGCACUUCAUCGCUUACGUCCACUGCGUCGCCCUCAUCUGGACCGGCUGGUUCCGAGCGCCGGCGUCUUCACGCCCUGCCGUCCCGGUGCAACCACGCCAGUCGAUCCUGCACGGCGACGUUCUUUGGGUGUACCUCCCGGCCCCGGCGGAGCUGCAGUGUCCGAAUUCGAGCACGGCGUUCGUGUAAACGAUCGAGUCCGCGUGUGCUUGGUGUGCGACUCGCCGCUGAGGUCCCGGCCUUCCUACCACCACUGUCUGGCCACUACCGCGCUGCCGCCUUCGACGGAGGCGCCUCAGCGUCGCUGUGCGACGCAACUUUUACGUCUGCGCGUGACCUGGCCAAUCAUCUGCAAUGCCACGACGACCAGGCUGGGCCCCCCGGCACCGCUUGUGUCCUGGCGUGUGCGCCACGUCAGCAGCUCAACCACCACUUCUUUGUCCUCCUCGGUUUCCCCGCCGCCUGCAGUGUCCCGCGCUUCGCGACGCCUCAGAGGCCUAGCGCCUUCUGACGACGCACAUUUGGUACGGCCCUCGUCGUCUCCGGCCGCUGGGUCGGGGGCCUCUUCGCCCGCGUUGAUCGGCGAACCACCUGCCUUCGUGUACGUGUUUCCCAGCGGUUAG